UGCGUGUACCUUGGGAAUUUUAUGCAUUUUUUACCCAAUGUUAACCUGACGCCUUAACAUUAAUAUGUAUACAUAUAUAUCGAAGAAUAUUCCGCAUGGAUUUACCAUUAUUUAAUUAUGGAGCUGUUUUCUGUGCUGUUGACAUGAGUUUGACUUUUUAAAUGGCUAGAAAUCUCGAAAAUCCAAUAAUGGCACAGGUGCAAGAAACGGAUGUCAUUGAAUUGGGUUCAGACGAGGAGAUCAAGAAAGCCAAGAAAAAGGACAAAUCGUCUAAACCAUGCCACUCAAAUUGUAUUAAUUUUGAAUGUCGUUCCGGAGUUGACAUGGUAAUGGCACCCUCGUUUGCUUGUGCUUUUUACGGUGUGAAUACAGCGAAAAAGAAGAAGCGUUUGAUUUGUCAAACGUGUUUCAAUAAUGCCUUAGAGCAUCAGCAGAAAUUAGUUACAGCGUUUCUGGAUCGGAAACCGUUAUUGCAAUGCCCAUAUCCUGAUCAUACGAUGAAAGUCGAAAUUUCAGAUAGCGACGAGUCUGAUAACGAGAAAAAUGAGAAUGACCAAGAAAAUUACGUGUCAGAAAAUAUAUUAUUGGAUAUAGAGGAACACAUGGGAAAUGCCUUGAUAUCAAUAUUUAAAAAGUGUGAUGUUGAGUAUCAGCUGGACGAAGCCCAUAAGAUGCUGAAAUCGCAAUGGGACAGGAUAGACGAAGAAAAUGAAAAAAUAGAUAAAGAUAUAACAGAUAUGAUGCACAAACUUGAUGUACUUCGCAACAACCUCUAUGAUGAGUUCAAGCCAAAAAUUAAAGAAUUAGAAGCACUUCAAAUAUUUGACGAAUCGGUAGACGAUCCCUAUUAUCCACUGGUUGCAACCAAAAAAGUAACGCAAGUUCGUAUCGCACCUGGUGUAAUGUCACAAGACGGUAUGCCAGAAGUUUUACCAUUAGAAAGAGUUAACAGACAGACCCAAGGCAUUGAUUUGCCACCAAGUGGAAAAUUAGAAAGGUUGUUACCGGAUGUUGAUAACAUUGUAUAUGUUAUGAAACAUCCUCUUGCCCCAUGGAUUAAAGGAAAGGUGCAAAGGGUGGAAUCUUUAUGCCCUUUACAUUAUCGUAUCAAAUUGCUUCCAAAGAAGUACAAUGGUGUAGUUAAAUCCAUCUUUGGGAAACAAGUAGCUUUAGCAGUUCCUAGCAAAGUAAUUAUACCUGUUGCCACUCGUGUAGUGGCUGUUUUCCAAGAGGCCACUUUUGGCAACUUUUACAGCGGCGUAAUAGCCGAACCACCAAAGUCAACGAACAAGUACAGAUACUUGGUAUUCUUUGACGAUGGUUAUGCUCAGUAUGUAGACCAUAAGUACAUCUAUUUAGUUAGUGAAAGCUCGAAUCCAGUCUGGGAAGACAUUCCAAAUGAAUCUCGUGAUUUUGUCAAGAAAUACAUGGAAUCGUACCCAGAGAGACCAAUGGUCAAACUGCAACCUGGGCAGAUCGUAAAAACCGAAUGGAAUGGGAAGUGGUGGAUCGCAAGGGUGGUGCGAGUAGAUGCGAGCUUGGUACAAAUGCAUUUCGAUGCAGAUGGAAGAACGGAAUGGAUUUACAGAGGCUCGGCUCGUUUAGGUCCUUUGUAUCUUGAGUUGUUAAAAGCUAACUCAAGACAACAUGGACAUCAUCUUCCUGUUAAUACUCCCAGUCGUCAUCGACAUCCUGCCAGUUCUAAUAAAAGUAACAUGCCUUAUGUCGAAUAUACUUCCUUUAAUGCGGAACCUGAAGAAGAGAUACAAAAGACUGCAGAAAUACCACCAGCAGCAAGUGUUACAACAAUAACUACGACAUCGGGAACUCCAGUAACUUCUGGUACGUCACAAACUAGAGCAGUUGCUAAAAAGAGUACAAGUAAAAGACAAGGUGUUGAGAGUACUUAUAAUAACACAGCUGAAACGAAACCAUCGCACAGUAUUGUCUAUUAUCAGACACAAAAUAAAAUUCAGACAAAGAAAUUCGUUCCUCACAAAUGCGGACCUAAGUGUGUCCAAGGAAUAUCGUUCACUCCUGACGAUCUUAAAGGAUAUUCGCCUCUUUCGAUCCCAUUACUUUGUGGCUGGAAUCGCCAGCUCUGUAAGUUCCCAAAAACUAAGAAAGUCACUUUAUACCAAGCUCCGUGUGGAGUAAGAUUGCGAAACAUGGAAGAACUGCAUCACUAUCUUCAAGUAACAGGCAGCCCCAUGUCGGUAGACUUAUUUGACUUCGAUCAUUGGGUACAUUGCUUAGCUGAAUUCGUUUUGGAUAAGUGCUUCGUCAACAUUAAGGAUCUUAGUUAUGGUGUCGAGAAUGUCCCGAUACCUUGUGUGAAUGAACUCGAUCAUGCAUUACCGGAUACAAUUAGGUACAGCACAAAGAGAGAACCGACGGAAGGAGUGAAGCUAAAUCUAGAUCCUGAAUUUCUCUGCAGUUGUGAUUGCGAAGAUGACUGUCAGGACAAAACAAAAUGUCAGUGUUGGCAGUUAACGAUUCAAGGUGCAACCUUAGGGGGCCGUGUGCCUAACAAUGCCGUUGGGUAUGUGUACAAACGUUUACCAGAGCCAGUUACUACAGGUAUUUACGAGUGUAAUUCACGUUGUAAAUGCGCCGUGAAGACUUGUCUCAAUCGAGUGGUACAGCAUCCUCUUACUCUGAAGUUACAAGUAUUUAAAACAGCUCCGAGAGGCUGGGGUAUAAGAUGCCUGAAUGAUAUUCCCCUAGGCUCGUUCAUUUGCAUCUAUGCUGGAAGAUUAUUAACAGAACAGGGUGCCAACGAAGGUGGCAAAAACUACGGUGAUGAGUAUCUUGCAGAAUUAGAUUACGUAGAGGUUGUCGAAGGCAUUAAAGAAGGCUACGAAAGUGAUGUCUUGGAUCCUGAAUUACCAUUAGGAACAACGCAAGAUGACAAGAGAUUAAUGAUUCCUAGCGACGAAGAAGAUGGUGUAAAACGGCAUACAAAUGAUUCUGAUGAAGACUUUGCUGUUGGCAAACACAUUAGUGUUAAUGUAGAUGGAACAUCGAUAAGACGACGAUUAAGAAAGCGAAAGAAAGGGGACGAGACUCCGGGGGCAGAAGAAGAACCUAGCGAAGACAGUAGUACAACGAAGGAUUCUGAAAAUGUAUCAUUAAAAUCAUCAACUCAUGAUGGACGCAGUAUAGAUUUUGAUUUAGUAACCAUAAGUGACGAGGACGAUUCAAGAAACAACUUAAAACAGCCUAGUCGAUUUGAUCCAACUGUCGAGCCAGCACAGCUUGAACGACCAAAAUUUAAAUCGGUGAGAGAUUUCUUCGGUGAGGACGAAGCUGUAUAUAUUAUGGAUGCCAAAACAACAGGAAACAUUGGGCGUUAUUUAAAUCACUCGUGCGAUCCAAAUGUCUUCGUGCAGAAUGUGUUUGUAGAUACUCACGAUGUUCGAUUUCCGUGGGUAGCAUUUUUCGCGUUGAACUAUAUAAGAGCUGGACAAGAACUAACAUGGAAUUAUAGUUACGAUGUAGGCAGUAUUCCAGGCAAAGUGAUUAUUUGUAAAUGUGGCGCGUCUAACUGUAGAGGACGUCUAUUAUAAGUUCUAAAAUUCGUAUAAUUAUGUGCUGUGACUAGUCUCUCGAUGUAUCAUCAAAUUCAGUUCAUCAAUGACAUGUAACAGCAGACUGAUUCUCUACAUUUGUAUUGAAAUAAUUUAAAAUAACACCAUUUUCGUGUCUCACUUUGGCUAGUAGGAUUUGUUGAAUUAAAAAAAUGUAAUCAAUCUAUAGACUUAAGUCUCAACGAUAUGGUGUUUUGUGAGUCCGGUCCAUGUAUAGAUUUGUGUAGAAUUCUAGGUUAAGUACUGUGUUUAGAAUAGGAUUAAGGGAGGUAAAAUACUGAUGAGCUAUUACUUAAUCUUUGGAUCAUAUUUUUUUACACCAAUACAGUAAAUAUACGCGGUGAUCUACUUCCAGUCACACGUUACAAUUAACUAUAUCGAUGUAAAGAAUUCAUUAACAAUAAAGGCAGGUGCAUCUA